AUGAGCACCGCAAGAAAAAGAAGGGGCAGCGCUGCCAAUGCUGAAGAAAGUGUAGACAGGAAGAGGAGGCCUACAUCUGCAAUUAUGGGGAUAUCAAGGUCGAUUGCCGCGUGCAAGCGGUGCAGGGUGAGGAAGGUGAAGUGCGACCAAAAGUUUCCAAGUUGUUCGAGAUGUGUGACGGCCAACGAGCCCUGUGUAUCUGUAGACCCUGCAACCGGGCGAGACGUUCCGCGGUCCUAUGUCAUCUUUCUUGAGGAUAGACUUGAAGCCUUGACAAAACGACUUCGAGAGUACGGUGUGGACGCAGCGGAGGUGCAAGGAAACAUCCCUGCUACCAGCGACGACUGCCCUUGCGAUGUCAAUGUCUUCGAAGAAAAGGUCCGGGCGGAACACCAGGUGCCGCGCGAUAACGCCAUGGCGGGGUAUAUCAUUAAUAAUGGCACAUCAAUACAGACCGGGGUAGCGUCUCGGGACCAGAGCGAUAUAAAGACGGUUUCUGAGCUGCAGGAGUCUGCUAAGAGCCUCGAUAGCCUCGGGGCAAUGAAACUCUCAAAGAAGAACGGGAAACUGUCGCUGGGCGCAGCAUCCAACUCUUAUCUGGGCGACUCAUCCGGUAUCCCUUUUGCCAAGCUCAUUCUUACGGCUAUCAACUUCGCGCCCGAAGCAGUAGAAGAAACAUCCGAAGAACCGGUCUCGGCAACGGAUCAGAGAGAAGGACCUCUGAACGUGUCAUAUCUUCCGACAAAAGAAGAAGCAGAGUCGCUGGUGUCACAGUAUUUCACGUACUGUAACUCGCAGCUGCCUAUCUUGCACCGCGAGUCCUUCUUGAAAAGAGUCUUCGAGCCGAUAUACGGGCCUUUGAACGAGGGUGUCUCGCUGAGCUCCGACAACACCAUCAUCAACGGGAAUUUCAAACUCCCACAGGAUAAAGCCGACUCCGAGCAAUCGGGGGAAAUCUGGUACAAGCCUUCUUUGUCGCAGCAAGAGGUUGAGAAUUCGGAGCAGAUUCCACCAAAGUACCACAUCCCGCUCUUUUUUCUAAACAUGGCCCUAGCGAUAGGCGACUCGGCGAGGAUACUUGAAACAGAUGAAGCGAGGUCUGUUGCGUUCAAAGAUAGGGCAUCCGAGUUCAAAGAAGCACUUUUCCGGUCCAAUGACCGGAUGGAAGCUCUUGCCGGUACGCUAUUAAUCGCCAAGUAUUCGAUUAUGAGGCCAAACGUUCCCGGAGUGUGGUACACAAUGGGGUCUGCACUGAGGCUGGCAGUUGACCUGGGACUGCACGCUGAGAAACUGAAUAAAAACUACGACCCAUUCACGAGAGACCUUCGACGGCGCUUAUUCUGGUGCACCUACUCGCUGGACCGGCAAAUAUGUGCCUUUUUCGGACGUCCGUUUGGGAUUCCGGAUGACAAUAUUUCCACUGAGUUUCCCAGCUCGCUGGACGACGCGCUGAUCACAAACACAGCUGACAACAUUGAAGACUAUUCCCUGGUGAAAAGCUCCAUGGCGUCCUACAAGUGCAUAUCAUUGGCUUUUUUCAGAAUACGAAAAAUCCAGGCUCAGAUUGUGCAGGAGCUCUACGCACAUCGGACGUCACUGCCGGAUGGGUUCGAAAGCCUUGACGAGUGGCGUGAGCUCAUGAACGAAGAACUCGACGAAUGGUAUGAGAAGAGAGUUCCCAAGACACAUCGCAAGAUGAACUGCCACUUCCCGACCGAGCUAUUUCAGCUAGAGCUGUGCCACUCGAAGGUCAUGUUAUAUGGGCUAUGCCCCAAGGCUAUGACGCUAAACGAGCGUGGCUACGAGAUGGUGUAUCGCAACACCAAGAGCGUCAUUGCGAUAUAUUAUCGGCUCUGCCACGACGGCAACAUUAUGCACACAUGGGUCACAGUACACAAUUUGUUCAUGGCGGGAAUGACGUUUCUCUAUGUGCUCCACAACGCUAGGUUCGAUCUUCGCGAAAGCCUGCAGAAGAGCCAGAAAACUUGCUCGACGCUGAUCUACGUGCUGGAGCAGUUGACAAAGGAAUGCGAAGCGGCCCGUAAGGGCGCGCGCAUUUUCAAGGUGCUAUCUGCAGCGGUUUUCAAGCUGCGAAGCGAGCCGAGCGAGGGCGCAGCGCCGGCUGAGGACACGCCGGCACUCGGCGGUGAGGCGUCCCCCGGCGCGGAAGACAAGGGGGGCGGUGACGGGCCUGAAAAUGAGCAUCCUCUGGAUAGCGAAGUAUACAGCGGCCGCACCGCCGAAGCCGGCGAAAAACAGGAAGAGCUGGAGCUAGAACUUGAUGAAGAGGCCCACACGAGCCGGCUAGGCGCCGCGGCGCGCGGUCUGUCGGUCCCCGAUCUGGACGCGAGCGCUCUGAACCAGUUUUUUAUCGAGCUGGACAAGCUGUCGCCGUUUUCGGACCUAAGCAACGGGCACGCUAGCGCAGGCGUGAGCGCAGGCACAGCAGUGCUCGGUGAACACAGCGAGUCCAGUGAAUCCAGCGAGCCAGCCGCGCCGCAGGUGCGGCCGCCGGCGAGCUCGAGGGACGGGCAGCGCGUCUACGACAUGAUGAAUCAGUUCAGCACCGAGACCAUAUGGGACCAGGUAUUUAGCAAGUAG